CUUAACCAAGGGUUGGGAUCUCGGUGGCUCCCUGUACCAGCUGUGUCCUUCAUGGGGCUGUCCCUUUGGGCCUCUGCCCAUCAUGUCAGGAGCUCAGUGCAGCUCAUCUCCCUCCUCCUUUGUCUCACUGAUGUCUCAUCAGCCACGAUGUUGCCUAAGGACAUGGCACUGUCCAGGCAUGGCUGACCAGCACCUUGUCUCUACUGGGUACUCGGUAGUGUUGCAGGCUUCUCACCUUUUUUAUGGCAGUCAUCAAGCAGUAUGCUUUUCUGCCACAUUCCCAGCUCUGCACAAAAUAAGCUCUCUUCUGUAUCUGCUUUUUUCUUCUGCAGGUGCUCACCAUUUUGGGGUGCAUAUAGACCAUGUGUUUGGAGCUGCUCUUGAAUGAUAGCAGAAAGGGACUGAAACAGAAAGGUGGCUUUCCUCUCCUAAAACCAUCAGGAUGUCUCAGCAGGGUCAGGCCUACCUGCUGCCUUGUAGGUUGAAGGGGGACACACAGGGAGGGAGGGCUCAGCUUUCCUGCCGUGUUCCAGUGGCAUGAUGCGAAGCCAUGUAACUGAAAUGAUGCAGUGCCAUUGCAGAGCUAGUAUUCACAUGCACAGUUUUUAAGCAUCUUCUUUCUCUAACCCGUACCUUUCUGGCUGUUCAGAAUUCAGCAUCUUAAAAUGCCUGAGUGUGCUGCACAAAUACAGCACAGAGCUAAAUAGGUGACCUAAUUUUCUAUCCCAUAAAACCCACUCAUGUACGCUGUACUUCUGCUCUGUAAAGAAGUCCUUGUAUGUUGGCACUCAAAACUGCCCAAUCCAAAUGAUGUCAGUCUACACACACGUGUGUAGCUGCAUUUUUCAGCUCAUCUCCAGCCCUGUGUCGCAGGGCUCUGUCAGGAAUGAGGCAGCCACAGUGUCAUUUUGCUGAACAGGAUGGGAAGUUCUGCCUUUGGUCUGUUAUUGCUGCUGCUGAUGUGUGAACAGAUCAAAAUCCCUCUCUCAGCCCUGUGUGUGCCUGGCUGAGCCACCGAGCAAAUGCUCCUCCAUGGAAGCAAUGAAGAAGACUCCAGGCAGAUGCAGAAGGCAGCGCAUGCGUGCAGGCAGCAUUUUCCCUCUGCUUCAGCAGGACUGUACUGUGUUCAUAUUUAACACGCUGGGAGGAAAGUUGACAGGGAGAAAAUGGCUUCAGGCAUCUCUGUUUUCUGUACAGAAUUCAGCAAGCUGACAGGCAGCUCUCUGUAGUAUGUGCAGCCAACCCUGUCUUUGCUGUGUGAGCGGCCCUGGCUAGCAGACCCCACCAGCAGGGUCACAGUGUGUGUGGCAGAACAUCAGUGACCCUGACUUGUGUUUCUGAGCAUUAUUUUAUAUCUGGCCUAGGAUGCUUUCAUUUUCCAAAUCUCAGUCUCAACACUGCUACUAGAACUGAUGGUAUUUAUUACAUCUGUUUUCCCUCUCUGAUCAGGAGCUGCUGUCCCUGACUUUUCUCUAACCUCGUGGAUAGAGUGAAGAGAAACAGCACUGUGUCCAGGAGGAACUGAACUCUGAAACAGCAGAGGUACUGCUCAAAAGGUCAGCCAACUCAAAACCUAAGGGGCUUAGCCUGCGGCAUUCUGCUCAGCUUCUGACCUCCCACACAUAAGAUGAUGAUGUUGGCACUGUAAGCAGUGCCCUCCAGCUAAUCUGCUAGCAUUCAUUUCCCAGUUGUGUUCUCUGCACUAAUACAAAACCAGGAGCCUCUAAAUGUUUCAGUCUAAAUGUACAUUUCCAUGCUUGAUUAAUAAAAUAGUUUAUCAUUCCGUUCAGUUGCCUAUCUGUUCUGUAGACAAAAUCUAGAUGCAAUUUGCUGCAGAAUAUGUCUGGUUUUCUUUGUAAGGAAAAGGUUUAUGACUGCAAAGAAGAAAAGUACUCUGCUUAGCAGGGGAUGAUGUUUCUGUGGUGCUGUCUGCUUCCUUCCUUGAUUAAGCAUAGGAAUGCUGGAGAACAGCAGUGAUUCACAGAGAACAGGAAGAGAAAUGGAGAGGCUUAUUCAUCGCUAGUUCCUCUGUUCAUCCCAUCAGGUGGCCAGACCAUGGGUGACAUACAGAAGGCUCAACCUCAUCAGGAAAGGCCUGCGAGAGCUGACUUGCACCCGUUCACCUCCAGAAGGCCCACUACAGAUACCCUCCAGGACUCUGAUGAAAGACCAGACUGCAAGCAGGAGCUGGAGAUGGAGAAUGAGGUGAAGCUGUCUUUUGUGAAGAGGCAGGGAAAGGGAGCUCCCUCUGUGAUGGCUGUGUGGGAGUGCGAGGGUGGUGGCACUCCCAUUGGCAAUGUGGUCCUUGCUGGGGACAGGCCAGACCCUCCAGUGUGUGGGAACGACACCAUUUGGAUUCAGCAGGUGGGAGAGAAAACCUAUGAGUGUCCCGAAUGUGGGAAGAACUUCAGCCGGAGCUCAUAUCUCAGCCAGCACCAAAGGAUCCACCUGGCAGAGAAACCCUUCAGCUGCUCUGAAUGUGGCAAGAGUUUCACCCGCAACUCGGACCUGAUCAAACACCAGCGGAUCCACACAGGUGAGAAGCCCUACCAGUGCAAUGAGUGUGAGAAGACCUUCAGCCAGAGGUCCAACGUGAUCAGGCACCAGCGGACCCACACGGGAGAGAGACACUACCAGUGCAAUGAAUGUGGGAAGAGCUUCAGCCAGAACUCGCAUCUCAUUGUCCAUCAGAGAAGCCACAAAGGAGAGAAACCAUUUCAUUGCCCCCGGUGUGAGAAAAGCUUCAGCGACCGCUCCUCCCUGAUCAUACACCGGAGGGUCCACACCGGAGAGAAGCCCCACAAGUGCCAGGUAUGUGGGAAACGCUUUCGGGACAGUUCAGCCAUCAUUCGGCAUCACAGGAUCCACACAGGAGAGAAACCCUACAAGUGCACCGAAUGUGGGAAAACCUUCCGCCAGAGCUCCUCGCUGGUGACCCACAUGCGGACGCAUACAGGUGAGAAACCCUACAAAUGCCCUGUGUGUGGGAAGAGCUUUAGCCAGAGCUCAGCACUCACCACGCAUCGCCGCAUCCACGGGGGAAAGGUGUUGCCCCUGUACCAUGGCAGCCUCUUGCCCAGCCCCUACCAGUGCGCUGAGUGCGGCAGGCGAUGCAGCGACCACCCCACUCUCAUCAAGCACCAGACCACACAUGCGGAGGAGCGGCCCUACAUUUGUGUGGAGUGUGGGGACAGCUUCCGUCGGAGCUCAGCACUCAAUGUCCACUUGAGGAUCCACCGUGGGGAGAGACCCUACAAAUGUGAGGAAUGUGGGAAAACCUUCCGGCAUAGCUCAGCUUUGGGUGCACACUUGAGAAUCCAUGCGGGAUCCAAGCCCUACGAGUGUGCUGAGUGUGGGAAAAGCUUCCGGAAAAGCUCGACACUUAAAGUGCAUUUGAAAAUCCAUGUGGCCAAGAAACCUUAUAAAUGUACUGUGGGUAGGAGGACUCUCUCUUCCUGCUCUCUUCUCCCAUAGCGUUGGUUGGAGCAGGAAAUAAGAGCAGAAUUUGAUCGUGUCUCAGGGCACAUGAAAAACAUGGCUACUGAGAAUCACAGUGGCAAAAGGCUAAGGAGACACCAUAGCAGCUCUAGUGUCAGGACUGGGUGCUUAACCCCAGUGGUAUGUUAAAUUAUGAGGUCAGGGAACUGUGUACUGGCAGUUUAGAAAGAGUACUGAGAGCUGAGGGGAGACCAAGUUCCGUGUAAUUUGGGGACUGUGAGUAUGCAGUAGAAUACAAGCAUAAGAAUUGGGCUUUCAAAAUAAUUUUUCAACAAAGUGAAAGAUCAAACUUAAAAGGUCCAAGUUGGCUCUCAUUCAAAACUCCAGCUCGUUAGGCACUGCAAUAGACUUAUAAACUCAUAUUUUCCAUUAACAUGGUGAAUUGACCCCGUGUUUGAGCAGGCACUUCCAAUUCCUUGAGUCCAAAACUGAGGAGCUGAACCUCAACCCGUUCUGUUUUUCAAUCCUCUGUUCCAAAUCCUACAUGGGACAAUAAAUUCCUACCUCCAUACACAUCAUCUGGGUGACAAAAUGGUUGAGUAAAGCAAAACUGACGGAGCUGUUCCCAGAAGACUUGGAUGUGCAAGCAUAGCCAGUUGGUACACUGCCCAUUAACAGUGUUGGGCAGCUUUGUCCUCCUUGUUUUCUAACACCUUCCUGUUAGGGACAUCAAUAAAACGUGGGCAAAACCGUGGCCUUACUUUGUUUAACCAAAAAAAAAAAGGGUUUCCCCCUAGAUGUGUGUGUUAUACUUAGCAUGUAUGAUGGGUUCCUACUGAUAGUCAGGAGACUGUUUGCAAUUUUGUAGUCCUUUUUGUGAGAGAACUCUUCUUCAGCUCCCUAUUGUUUGUGCUGUAGUAACGUGUCAAGCUCAGUGUUAAGUUAGGAAUUCGAGCUUUAAGUUAGGAAUUCCUAUAUUACACGUAGUACUGUGGUAAUGGCUGCGUUACAGAAACCUCCUCUGUAUUGCUGUGUUUUGUUAUGAGGGAUG